AUCAAGACAUUCUAAAUCUCCCUUUCUUUUGCGGCCCAAGGUUCUUGAAGUUACCGCUAAUGCUCUUAAAAUAUCUGUUUUUACUCUGUAUAAAGCAUUUCUAAAAUUCUGCGCGAUUAGUAACCGGCAGAUGGGCAGUACGUAACAAACGGGUCGAGUAACUGUACGUAGAAGGUGCGAAAUGAAACGUCUCGCAAAGAUGUAGGAGUAUGUAUGCAUGUGUGAAAAGUACAUAGUAUCUCGAAGCAGACCCACGAACUGCAGUCUGUAGUAGUUGCGGCACAGGAUGCGUUUCGUAUCGGUCCUCCUCACGUGCAGCCUGAUCUACCUGGUGAGCUCCUCGAGAUGUCCGGAAUCGAAGAAGCCGCAUUUAACGAGCUGCACAAUUUUCUAUAAUUGCGUGAAUCUACCUGGCGGUGGUUACGUGUGGAUCCCGUCGAAAUGUACCGAGGGCUUGGUGUUCCAACCGUAUUUACGGAUGUGUGUGGUUCCGGGUGAUAUUUGGACAUGCGAUACGCUCUCGACCGAGCGCGCUCCUGCAACGAAGAAGUACGGAACGCCCGAACUGAUCGAUUCGACGGACACCAGCUAUCUGGGGUAUACACAGGAUCCUUUGGGAUUCUCCGAAACCAUUGACUCGUCCUACGUGAUCGACAACUUCUCUGACUCGACGACCGAGGCGGUGACCGCGUAUCCUUUAAUCGAAUUUGAAGAAUCGGAUGAAACGACGCAUAGCGACAAAAGUGUGAGAAACGCAACGUAUCACAAAGAGGAGAAUUAUAUGUACGAGUACACGAAUAGCCAAGAGCAAUUACCGUUGUCCUUAACGCAACAAUAUAAGGACGUCGUAGAUAAUCACUACAAGUGGCUGAACAAAAUGAUAAAUAGGUUGCACAUCAACAAGAAGCUAUCAGCUGUGAUAUCGAGUUCUCUGUCGAUACCCGUUAAAAACGUAAACCCAACGCAAACCAUCGUCAUAUUAACGUCUCACAAUUGUAAGCAGAACAUAACGUUGAACUAUCUUGUACAAAGUAACGCAGAAAGAAACGAGUUACAUAACGGUGAACCAACCGAAAUGAUGGGAAGCAACGGUUCUCAGGUGAACAGCGUCACAACAACGGCCAGCACCGUUUCGACAGAGAACGCUUUGGAACUGCUAAUCGACAGUCUGGACUCUGACAACAGCAUAAUAAGGAUUAGCGAUAAUCUCGGGUACAAACAGUAUCUCACGAUCGACCGAUACAAAGCCGUGGCGCAUCGAUUAACACCGCGCACCGUUAGCGUCGUGGCGUGCACGAGGAACGUUCGUCUGCCGAACAGGACUGACUGUAACCGGUAUUACACGUGCGAGCCAAAAACGGCCACCGUAGUGGAGUACUCCUGCCCGCCGCACACGGCUUUUAACGUAUACUCGCGAAUCUGCGACGUCGAAAGCACGAAAACGUGCGCGAGCAACAGGUUUCCGGUGAAUGAAAUAUUCAUCGAGCGUGCCGAAAACAAAAGUACGGUCACACACGGCGAAGAAACGUCGGAGGAGAGAUUGUGCCAAGAGCUCGGUAAGAUAAAGGAUCCCGCUUCUGACUCUCAUUACUACAUCUGUUACAGCACGCCGGAUUCCGAAGAUAUAAAAUCCAUCCGAAUGACCUGUCCGAACACCUUAAUAUUUUGCCAAAACAAGAAAGUGUGCACUACUAGACGAUUAUGCGACGCACUGCCAUGAAAUACGACCAUCUUUCUUUCUUC